UAUUUUACCUUAGAGAGCAUGCUGAACUUGAAUGCUGGAAAAUCAUGUCUUGCUGUAUUUUUUUGAAGCAUUCCCAACCCCCCCUUCUUUCUUCCUUCUCAGGAUGCUAUAUAUGAAUCUAUAUUUAAUCCAAUCAAAUGCUACCUAACUAUUUCUUUGCUUUAAGGACGUGUUCUGUGGGCCAUUGUACCUAUCCAACUUUAGGAUGCCCUGGACAAUCAUUCUUGUGCUGCUUGCAACACAAGAUCUUAGCGAUUUUUCAAGUCAAGGACAGAAUGUUAUGCAGUAUCUUUGCUUGCUAUUGAUAUCAGGUGGAAGCACCUUGGCAACUAAACCUAUCAGGUAAUUGAAUAUUUAGUUAGACACCACAUAAGUGUAUAUAUAUAUAUCAACAUCUCAUUUUGUUGACAUUUUGUUUUUGAUAUGUAUUCCUUGGAAUUUUGUUCACCUAAUUCACCCAUUUGAGGUUAAAAGAAUGACUUGACAAGUUUAUGUAUACUAAAGUUGUAGGCUAUGGACCUUGAAGCACUUAAAGAAUUGCAUGUAAGGUUUUUCCUUUUGUCUGGAGGUCCAUACUUUCAUGUCCCUACCUUUUUUCAUUGUUUCACCUACUUUCAAUUUAAAGUACAAUUGCUUAAAGUGAUAAGGUAUGGUUAGCAACAUUCAGUUAAUGUUAAUGCUGAACUCUUCCUUUCAUUGACUUUUUUGCUUUUUAUCAUUCUAUUUCUUUCUUGCUUUCAAGUAAUAAGAUAUGCUUUUAUUCAGUCUUUGUCAACUGGUCAGAACUCAUUAACAAGGUCACGAGCACCACAUAAGAAACAUGCUAAUGGGCAUGGCCCAAAACACUCAACCAUUUCUCGAAUGCCAGCUAAGGGAUCUGUCAGGCAAAGAUUACAUCCAGGGAUGCUGUCUAGUCAGGACCGUGCCACUGCUCAUUAUGGUAUUGUAACUGGUUUGAAGGUUACUGAGGAUGGCAUGUAUCUUUUAAGUGCAAGAUCUGAUUCGAGAAUAAGGUUAUGGGAUCUUGAAUCUGGCCACAAUACACUUGUAAACUUUGAGACAGUGCGCCUACAGACUAGCAAGGCCAUUCAGUUAGCCACAUCUCAGGAUUCAGCUCUGGCAUUUGUUCCAUGCAUGGCAGUUGUGAAAGCAUUUGAUAUUUGGUCUGGUAAAACCUCCCUAGCAUUCCGUGGGCACUAUGAAUGCGUGAAUUGUUGCUGGUUUAGUUCACAGGAUCAGAAAAGCACGUGGAUUACUGACGUGGUGGAAAAAAGUUUUGAAAUCUCGCCCGCGCGGACUCAAUUUUUUGUCCAUUUAUUUUCCCCCUUUGCCUAUUUCACGAUCCACACCACACCAAAUCGAAUUGUCUAUUUCCUCCCUUUCUCGCUCGCGUCUCCUUCUCUUCCAAAAACCCUAACUCUCAGGAUUUGCCAUGAAAAGGUGCUAGAUCGAAGGCUGAUUCGAAGGAAACUGACAGCAAGUUGAAGAGCAACAAUGCAGCGGCUAGAAAACAAACUAAGAAGGCUGCGAAGGAUCCAAACGAGCCGAAGAGGCCUGCCAGUGCUUUCUUCGUCUUCAUGAGACUAGUCAUCAACAAUUUGUUUUUGGGGACUCUGUUUUACAUGAUGAAAACAGAGUAAAACAGAGAGGACUUAAGGAAACAGCAUACGAAGACCGGAUGGGAACUUCAAGGCUUUACUGACAUUGAAACCGGAUGCCUGCACUAUUUUCAAUUGCACACAAUCUUAUAUGCUUGGUUUGGAAUUUGAUAGGUUGCUUGCAGCUAUAUGUAAUCCAGCACAAGAUGAUCAAUCCAUCAUCCGUUUAUCCAUUGGUGAUAGAAAAUUGCGUCAUUAUUCAAUCGGGUUUCCCACUUUUCUUACUAAUUUUUCUUUGAUUUAUUUUAAUUUUGUUAUACUCUUCAAAUUUCAUAUUGUUAAUUGUUCUUUGUUUGAGAGUUGGUCGAUUGGAGUU